AUGUCCGUUCUCGUGAACGGUAGUCCUACGAAAGAUUUCCAGGUUUUAGGUGGCUUGAGGCAGGGAGACCCGUUGUCUCCCUUCUUGUUCUCAAUAGUGGCUGAGGGUUUCUCUACCUUGGUAAAAAGAGCAACUGGUUUUGGUAUGCUAAAAAGAUUUGAAGUAAAUGAGGCGACAAGCUACAACCUAUUACAAUUUGCGGAUGAUACGAUAAUUUUGUGCAAUGGUGAGCGGUCUAAUUUGUGGGCUAUCAAAACAAUUAUGAAGGGUCUUGAAAUGACAUUCGGCUUGAGAAUAAAUACAACCAGGAGUUUCCUAUUCGACAUUGGUGUAGAUGAUUAUUCUUUGAAGGCAUCAGAGCAGUUUUUAGCCUGUAGGAGUGGAGAGAUUCCAUUCAAAUUCUUGGGAUUGAAGGUGGGAGAUAAGCAUAAUAGGUUGUCUUAUUGGAAUCUUGUCAUUGAGGUUUUUAAAACAAGGCUGACACUUCGGAAAGGUAGACUUCUCUCUAUUGGAGGAAGGGUGUCGCUUAUUAACUCGGUUUUAACGAACUUGCCAAUCCAUUACUUGUCGUUCUAUAAGGCUUCUAAGAAAGUGUUGGAGGUUCUCAUCUCUUUGCAGCAUAAUUUCUUAUGGAAAGGAAUUGACGAAUCCAAACGACUGACUUGGGUGAAAUGGGAGUCCAUAUGCAAGACUAAAGAAGAAUGA